UACUUCUUCCUACUCAUAAAUGUCUAAGUAGGCGCUGAAAACGAAAUCCCCAAAUCAGCAUUGCAGCUUCAUUGUAGAUUCAAUGGCGGCCUCUGUGUCACCAAUAACCUUAGCGUUGUCUAUCAAAAAACCCCAUGUCAAAACCUCAUCAAAAAAUCUUCUUUUUUAUCCCCUCAUCACUGGUAACAACACUCAAGGAUUCCUCAAGUCGAAGCCUUCAUUCACAUUUCAAAACUCUCGCUCUCGCCACUUGGGUCAUUUUGUUUCAUCAUUUGUUCGCACGAGAGCCUCUUCGUCAGAUGGGUUUCUUGAUAUUACAACUCAAGACAAAAAGAUUUUGCCUUUCUCUGAGGAAAAGCCCGGGAAACAUCUCUUAUGGGUACUCUUCUGGGCUUCUUUAUCUCUUGUUUGGUUCGCUACAUCUGGUGAUGCUAAUGCAAGUAGUGCUGCUGCUGACUCCAUUAGAGCUUCUGGUUUUGGCCUCAAGAUCGCUACUGCUUUAAGGAGCUCUGGCUGGCCCGAUGAGGCUGUGGUGUUUGCUCUCGCUACGCUUCCUGUAAUUGAGCUUCGUGGCGCUAUUCCUGUUGGUUACUGGAUGCAACUCCACCCUCUGUUGCUAACUUUGUUAUCUGUUCUUGGGAACAUGGUCCCUGUGCCAUUUAUUAUACUUUACCUGAAGAGGUUUGCGUCAUUCCUAGCUGGGAACAACGGGUCUGCAUCUCGGUUCCUUGAUUUGCUAUUUAAGAGGGCCAAGGAGAAGGCUGGUCCAGUGGAAGAGUUUCAGUGGCUUGGGCUUAUGCUUUUUGUGGCUGUGCCAUUCCCUGGAACAGGAGCAUGGACAGGAGCCUUCAUCGCUUCCAUUCUUGACAUGCCAUUCUGGUCGGGCCUGUCAGCAAAUUUUGUUGGUGUUGUGCUGGCCGGGCUUCUGGUGAACUUGUUGGUGAACCUUGGUCUCAAGUAUGCCAUUGUUACAGGUAUCAUUCUCUUCAUUAUAUCCACUUUCAUGUGGACUAUCCUUCGAAAAAUUAAGAAGUCUUUGAGCUCAUCAGAUUGAUGUUAAAUUCGCUAUAGAAUAUAUUUUUUUUCAACCAUGAUUGAAAUGACAAUCUCUUUUUUAAAUUUUUUAAUGGCUACUUAGCUGUAGUUGGUAGGAAUUUAUCUCCAUUAUCUGCUAUUUGAUUCUGUCUACACUGCUCUUCAUAACUAUAUACAUGGUCUAUGCAUCCAUCUGGAUGAUUUUUUGCUGCAAGAAAAAGAGACAGAGAUGUACAAAAUGAAAAAUUU